CCUUCCCUCCCCCCUCCCGCGGGGGUUGUGCGCGUGAGCCUCCGCACGCGCCCCUGCCAGGCUGUUGCUCGGCCGGUUCGCCCAGACCAGAGGCUGUUGCGCGCGCGCGCGCACUCCUUUCCUUUCCCGAAGGCCCACACCAUGCGGCUAUGUGGGGCGCUCCUCAAGAGCCCCAUCCCCAAACAGAUCGAGUACUACUCUCGCUUUUCCCCGUCGCCGCUCUCCAUCAAACAGUUCCUCGACUUCGGGCGUGAUAAUGCAUGUGAGAAAACAUCCUAUAUGUUCCUGAGAAAAGAACUUCCUGUACGACUUGCAAAUACCAUGAGGGAAGUAAAUUUGUUGCCUGACAACUUGCUAAAUAGACCUUCAGUUAAACUAGUUCAGAGCUGGUACAUGCAGAGCUUUCUUGAACUUUUGGAAUAUGAAAACAAAAGUCCUGAAGAUCCCCAUGUUUUAGAUAACUUUUUAGAUAUCUUAAUUAAAGUCAGGAACAGACACAAUGAUGUUGUUCCUACCAUGGCUCAAGGAGUGAUUGAAUACAAGGAAAAGUAUGGCUUUGACCCCUUUGUGAGCAGUAACAUCCAGUAUUUUCUAGAUAGGUUCUACACCAACCGCAUCUCAUUUCGCAUGCUUAUUAAUCAGCACACACUGCUUUUUGGUGGUGUCACUAAUCCUGCUCAUCCCAAACAUAUUGGGAGUAUUGAUCCUACAUGUAAUGUGGCUGACGUGGUAGAAGAUGCCUUUGCAACUGCUAAGAUGUUGUGUGAACAGUAUUAUCAGGCUGCACCUGAUUUGGAAAUUGAAGAAUUCAAUGCUAAAGCACCAGGAAAGCCUAUUCAAGUAGUCUAUGUUCCCUCACAUCUGUUUCAUAUGCUUUUUGAAUUGUUCAAGAACUCUAUGCGAGCUACAGUGGAGUUACAUGAAGGCAAAUGUGAAAGCUAUCCAUCAAUUAAAACCUUAGUCACUUUGGGUAAAGAAGACCUUUCAAUAAAGAUAAGUGAUAAAGGUGGUGGUGUGCCUCUGAGGAAAAUAGACCGUCUUUUUAACUAUAUGUAUUCAACGGCACCCAGGCCUAGUUUGGAACCAUCAAGAGCUGUUCCUUUGGCUGGAUAUGGAUAUGGCCUGCCAAUCUCACGUCUUUAUGCUAGAUAUUUUCAAGGUGAUCUCAAACUAUACUCAAUGGAAGGUGUGGGAACUGAUGCUGUAAUUUAUUUGAAGGCUCUUUCCAGUGAAUCAUUUGAAAGGCUGCCCGUUUUUAAUAAGUCGGCCUGGCGACAUUACAAGACCACCCCAGAAGCUGAUGACUGGAGCAACCCGAGCAGUGAACCCAGGGAUGCCUCCAAAUAUAAAGCAAAUCGAUAACUCGCCAUUUCUACCUUGGUGGGUGACAUUCAGACAGAAGUCUGCUUCGUUCCAAAACUCAAAAUCCCCUAAUUUAUCAUAGCCAAUUAUUUCCCUUAGAAAGAUCUUUUAUGGGACUGAAAUAGUGAGAAUAGAGGGGACAUUACAAGACUGCCAUAUGCAUUUUUGGUGUGAGUUAUUGUAACUACUUUGCCAAAACAUGCUUGGUUAGUUGAGUUGCACUGUGAAUGCAGUUAGAAUAUACAAUUGUAUAGUAAAAGGGUACUAUUUUUGAAGGCCUAUUUCUCAUCCUAGGUAAAUGUCAGCAAAAUUGUUUUGACUCUUUUUUUGGCAGAAGUGUGUUACACGGCAAUAUAAUAUAAAAGAUAAAUUUAGUGUAGUUGAAUAAGUGCUAGAAAAACUUACAGUGCUGCAUUUUUAUAUGACACAGUGCAAUUCAUUACAUUAUAAACAAGCGAAACAUCCAGGAACCACUAUAGUGACUUUUCUUGAUCUUGCCACCAAUAUCCUUUGAAAAGAUCUUAAGGCUUAAAUGUUAAUUUCUUGAUUGUUAUCACAAUUCCAAAAGCUUGUUUCUUCAAUGUUUACUCUGCUUACUUGGAAAAAUACAGAGACUUUCACUUUACAGUAAUUACUUUUAAAAAUUCAAAUUAUGGUUUUGCAAUAUCUCCCAAACUAGAUUUAAUAAAGAAUAAUAAUAAAUAAAUUCUGAUAAAGAAGAGAGUAUUAAUCUAGAUUUGGGGAUUUAUUACAUCGAAUUGUCAUUGUUUUAGGAAACCACUGAAAAUAGGGGCAAGCACUGAUUUCAUUUGGAUUGGUAAUUUCAAAACCAGUUCAUAGCAAAAUGAUGAAAUAUUUAACUGUAGGGUCACA